AUGGCCGGUAAAAUGUAUAAUCAAGCCUUCAAGAUGGCCAUCAAGUCACUACUGACCGCCGCCCUUGUGGCCCCCGCUGCCGUCUUCGGCGCUGCCAUUCCCCCGACUGAGGCCGGUACUUCGAGCAUUCUGAUCGUCGGUGGAGAGGCUGCUUCUGCAGGCGACUUUCCCUUCAUCGUCUCCCUGCAAGUUAGCGGCUCCCACUUCUGCGGUGGUUCCCUCGUCAAUGCGAACACUGUCGUCACUGCCGGUCAUUGCGGUGUUGCCUACUCUGCCUCCCGCGUGUCCGUCCGCGCUGGAUCAUUGAACAGGAACUCUGGGGGCACCCUCGUCAGUGUUUCGUCCAUCAAGACGUACUCUGGAUUCAACUCAAACACCCUUGAUGGCGAUGUCUCUAUCAUCAAGCUCGCGACGUCCAUCCCGACGAGCUCCACCAUCGGUUACGCCACCCUUGCCGCGUCUGGCUCUGACCCCGCUGCUGGAACUACCCUCACCGUUGCUGGAUGGGGAACCACUUCCGAGGGCGGCUCCACGCUCCCCACUGCUCUCCGCAAGGUUAGCGUUCCGGUCGUUGCUCGUUCAACCUGCGCUUCGCAAUACCAGUCCAUUGACCCCAGCUACUCCAUCACAACCAACAUGUUCUGUGCUGGUCUGACCGCUGGUGGCAAGGACUCUUGCCAGGGUGACUCUGGUGGUCCCAUCGUCGACUCCUCGAAGACCCUUGUCGGUCUUGUUUCUUGGGGCGAGGGUUGCGCUGAGCCCAACGCUCCUGGCGUGUACACUCGCGUUGGCUCUUCCGUCAUCAGAUCUUUCAUCACCUCCAACUCGUAG